AUGGAAGAGGAAACGAACCUUAGUUUGGAAGAAGAAUUUGAAGCACCAGAGGCAACACAUACAGGACCUAAAGGAGUGAUCAACGACUGGAGGAAGUUUAAAUUGGAAAGCAAAGACCAAGAUGCUCUUCCUCUAAGCAAGAAAGAGAUCCUCAUCCGGCAAAUGUCUUCACCGCAUCGCUCUCAUAGUAGAGAUGAUAAAGACACCCGAGAACGAUUCAGUCGCAAGAUGAGCAUGCAGGAGUACGAGCUGAUCAACGACGACAAAGAGGACGAAAGUUGCCUACGGAAAUACCGCAAGCGUUGCAUGCAAGACAUGCAUCAACGGCUGAGCUUUGGGCCCAAGUAUGGCUACCUCUCUGAGCUGCAGAACGGGGAACAGUUCCUGGAAGCCGUGGAGAAGGAGCGGAAGACCACAACCGUCAUCGUUCACAUCUACGAAGAUGGCAUCAAGGGCUGCGAGGCCCUCAACAGCAGCUUGACCUGUCUUGCUGCUGAGCACUCCACGGUGAGAUUCUGCAAGAUCAAGGCAUCCAACACAGGGGCAGGAGAUCGUUUCUCCAGUGAUGUUCUCCCAACGUUGCUUGUGUACAGAGCUGGGGAGCUGGUCAGCAAUUUCAUUAGUGUCACUGAACAGUUCAACGAAGAGUUUUUUGCUGUGGAUGUGGAGUCAUUCCUUAAUGAAUAUGGCUUGCUACCUGAGAAGGAAAUCCCAGCCCUUGGGAAUGGCAACCUGGAAGAACAAGAAGUUGAAUAG